GCCUCAUCAUCCGUCCCGGUCGGUUCCUUUGCGCUCCGUGCUGCAUCUCGAAUUCAACCGAAGCCUGUCGGCUCGUGUGUCACUUUCCCCCUGCCAAUUCACUGCCCCCAGGGCUCUUCUAGCUUUCACAGAAGCUCCAAUGGCGUCGCAAUCAAGUCUGAGCGGAAGCUCCGCUUCCAGCCCGAUCGACAAGCUUCAGGCCGGCCCGGAUGCGCUGCGGAAGGAGGCCGAGUCCUCGGCCGAGUUCGAGAAGCUGCAAGAGGAAGCUAAGAUCAGAAGGCUACAAGCAUUGCUAGCCGAACAAAACUCUCAGCCCAUGACCAUCAACCGUCUUCAGGUCCACGGUGCUACGAACACGAGACGAGGAUUCCUCGACCCCAUAUUCCAGCCGCUUCUGGCCGAGGAUGUCAACAGCAACUCCACCCUCGGUGAGGUGGCAGCUCGCCUAGGCGAUGCCAGAGGAAAGCUCGAGAGACUGGGCAUCUUCCACCCCGACCCCAAGGUCCACCUCAACAGCUCGAACCAGACCGACCCCUCGACCACCCCGACCGAUGUCGACGUCGACGUUGUCGUCAAGGAGCUCUCUCGCUACAAGUUCAACGCUGGAACCGAUGUCGGAAACAGCGAGGGUUCCGCCUACACCUCUUUGCUCUGGCGCAACAUUUUUGGUGGUGCCGAGCAGCUCACCGUUAACGCCAGCGCCGGUACAAGAACCCGUUCCGCCUACAGUGCGACCCUGAGCGCGCCGGUCCAGAGCAACCCCGACACUAGGAUUGCGCUCGAGGGGCUGGCGUCGGCGACCGACAAGUCAUGGGCCGCCCACGAGGAGGUUCUGAAGGGCGGAAACCUGCGCUUCUCGUGGCUCUCGGGCCCCAAGGACAUGCACUCCCUCGAGUACUCGGGCAUCUGGCGUCAAGUCACCGGCCUGCGCGACAACGCCAGCCCGACCGUCCGCGCCGACGCCGGAGAUUCGGUCAAGAGCUCCGUCAAGCACACAUACCAGCGCGACCAGAGGGACAACCCGCAGUUGCCGCAGAGCGGUUACGUUUUGAAGUCUGUCUUCGAGCUCGCCGGCGUCGGCCCGCUCGGCGGUGACGUCGCCUUUUCCAAGAAUGAGCUGGAAGUAGGCGGCGCUGUGCCCGUUCCCGUCCCCGGUGUCAAGGGACCUUCCGGUGUUUCCAUCGGCGGAGGCUUCCGGUUCGGCAUGCUGUAUCCCCUCCCUCUCGGCUUCUCCUCCGGGGGCAAGGCCCAGCCCAGCCGCAUCAACGACAGAUUCCAGCUCGGCGGGCCCACCGAUGUCCGCGGUUUCCACUACGGCGGUCUCGGACCCCACGACGGACAGGACUCGGUUGGUGGAGACGUGUUCGCGGCCGGCAGCGUGAACAUGCUGUUUCCUCUGCCGUACAAGGGCCCUGAAUCCUCGCUGCGUUUCCAAGUCUUUGCCAAUGGCGGCAGGCUUGUCGCGAUGCAGAACAAGACCAAGGGCGGCGACUCGCCGAGCAGUCUCGAUGCUGGGAGCGUUGCCAGCAGCGCCUGGAGAGCAGUAAGCGACCUGGCCACUGGCCUGCCGUCGACUGCCGCCGGUGUCGGUCUUGUGUAUGCUCACCCCGUGGCCCGCUUCGAACUCAACUUUAGUCUCCCGUUGGUUCUGCGACGCGGCGAGCAGGGCACCAAGGGACUGCAGGUCGGUGUCGGCAUCAACUUCUUGUAGAACUCAGAAUUCCCGGUGUCCCGUAAUGUCUAUUUGCUGGCAUACAGCACUGUCCCAGAAAUGCCCACUUUUGUACAACCAGAAUACUAUACUAUAGACGUUUCCAAAAUCUGAAGAGUUCAGACCGCUCGAAGCCAUCGCAUCUCGACCGCAGAGGACCACGCAAAUCUCAACCAUCCACGUAAUACGCAGCGUCGAUGGAUUACUUGCCCUUCUUGUCCCUCCAUGUCUGUAAUAUUCUCGCAUCACGGCCGCGCUUUUCGCUCAGUAGCCCUCACCCGGCAAAGAUUCCAAGGUAUCAUAACAUUCAUUUCCACAUAGUUCUAGGUGAACCCGGACACCUCCGACAACAUUCCACUCACCCGGACGGCUACCGCCCUCAGGCUGUGCAGAGUCAUCUGCAGGGAUAGGACAUCUCCCUGUGUAU